AUGUGUUUGUUGCUUCUGAAUGAUCAGGAGCUCGCAGAGGGCUUCGAUGAAAACCUCUUUGAGCUGCCCACUGACAUGUUACCUGAAGACGGUGUCACUCCCCCGGCUGUCACCGUCCCAUUUUCGGUGCUUCUCAACAAACUGUUUUGCCAGCUUGCAAAGACGAGUCCUAUUGACGUUCUGGUUAGUAAGGAGCCUCCCCAAGGAGCUGUCCUCAGGGCCACGGUGGUUUAUAAGAAGACUGAGGAUGUGGCAGAGGUGGUCCGUAGAUGUCCCCAUCACCAGAACGAGGACGCUGCUGAGCACCGCAGCCAUCUGAUCAGAGUGGAGGGCACUCAGUCUGCCCAGUACUGUGAAGACACGCACACAAAGAGGCAGAGCGUCACUGUCCCCUAUGAACCCCCACAGUUGGGCUCAGAAAUGACGACCAUCCUGCUGAGCUUCAUGUGCAACAGCUCCUGCAUGGGGGGCAUGAACCGCAGACCCAUCCUCACCAUCCUGACCCUUGAAACUCAGGACCUCCCCCGGCAGAGCGCCCCUCCUCCCGACACGGCAUCCACCAAAAAGGCAAAGUGCACCUCUAGUACCGAGGAUGAGGAACGGGAUGUGUUUGUUCUCCAUAUUCGUGGGCGGGAACGGUUUGAGAUGCUGAAGAAAAUUAACGACGGCCUGGAGCUGCUCGACAAGGAGAGCAAACCCAAGUCCAGGGGCCAUGCAAAAUUUCCUCAGCCCGCGUCUGGCAAGAGACUCUUGCAUAAAGGCGACAAAAGCGACAGCGACUGAGCUGCAAGUUGCCUUCAUCGUUUAAACCAGCAUCAUCUCUAUAUGCUUCCAGGCCAUCGGUUUGUUUCAAGUUUUUACUCGCCAUGAAAAAACCCAAAUCACGUCCUGCCUCAGAGUUUGAUCCUUUAACUGUGUUGCCUGAUCGGGUACUGUACCGUGCUGUACAGAGUUGUGCUGUUUUUUUUUUUUUUUGUUUGUUUUGUUUUUUUCCCACAUAUGCAAACAAAUAAAGGUUGAAUGGAUUGUGCUAGGGAGAGCAGUUCGUC